AUGGAAGAAUUCGAUAAUGAAUACGAAAUUAUAUUAUUGAGAUCACAGAACGAAAAACUUCGAAAAUUGUUGAUCGAUGAACGCUUUAAAGUUUAUCAAGAAAGAAAAAGAAGAAUUUUGCUUGAGGCUCGUCUUCUUUUAAUUUUUAAAACGCUUAAAGAUGUCUACAAUGUUGAUGUUAGAGAUUUAAUAACUUCUGAAGGCAGCGUUUCAACGAAUGGGAAUUCUCCAUCGGAUUUCUCACAAACGAUAAAUCGGUUUUCUAAUGCUUUUCAGACGGAAAACUCAUAUGGCUCUAAAUCAGCUUCUGCGAUGACAGUUGACCUUUCUUACAGCAGUCAGCUGUUACCUCCUGAUAAUGAUAAAAGAAUAUUAAAUACUACUCAAUCCUUGCAAGUGGAUAAUGAAGUAAAUCAGUCGAAGAGUAGUAAUACUCCUUGGCUUUGGUUUGUUGAUGAGAACGGCAUUUCAACGGCGCAAAUGCCAUUAUCGCUUUCAAAUGCUUUAAAGAUGCGUAAAGCUGCAUUUAUUGCUAGAAGUGCUGCGCGACAAAAACGUAUUAAUGCAGCUCGCGCUUUUCGCAAACAUUUGGCUCAUGAAAAACAUAAAAUUGCUCUAGAAGUUCUUGCGGGUCGUACGGAUGUUAGGAAUGUCGCAGAUAUUCUUGGCCACUCAUGCUGUUUCCUUCCUCGAUCUUCUUUUUAUCAGAGUGCUCUCGAAACAAAGCAACGUAUACAAGGAACUAAAGAAUCUGAGGAUCAAAGGCGUGCUGCCGUAAAAGAAAAAGAUUUUCACGUCAAUAGACUCUUAGCAUAUUGUUAUAGUCAGGUUUGA